CGAGCGGAGGAGCGCCGGGAGCGCGGGGCUCCGGAACACGAACGCGGGCAGGUGUGGUCCCUGGCCCCUGGCCCAGGGCCCCGAGGGCAGGAGGGCGAUGCUGGCCGUGUCACUCAAGUGGCGUCUGGGCGUGGUGAGGCGGCGGCCCAAAGACGAUGGGCCUUACUCCAAAGGAGGCAAGGAUGCAGGAGGCGCCGACGUGGCCCUGGCUUGCCGCAGACAGAGCAUUCCAGAGGAGUUCCGAGGGGUCACCGUGGUGGAGCUGAUCAAGAAAGAAGGCAGCACGCUGGGCCUGACCAUCUCAGGUGGCACCGACAAGGAUGGGAAGCCCAGGGUCUCCAACCUGAGGCCCGGGGGGCUGGCGGCCAGGAGUGACCUGCUGAACGUGGGCGACUACAUUCGGUCAGUGAACGGGAUCCACCUGACCAGACUCCGCCAUGAUGAGAUCAUCACCCUGCUCAAGAACGUGGGCGAGCGCGUGGUGCUGGAGGUGGAGUAUGAGCUGCCCCCGCCCGCCCCUGAGAACAACCCAGGGAUCAUGUCAAAGACAGUGGACGUCUCACUCUACAAGGAGGCCAAUAGCUUUGGUUUUGUCCUGAGAGGAGGGGCCCAUGAAGACAGCCACAGGUGUCGCCCACUUGUCCUGACCUAUGUGCGACCUGGGGGCCCUGCCGACAGGGAGGGCUCUCUGAAGGUGGGCGACAGGCUGCUCAGCGUGGACGGGAUCCCCCUGCACGGGGCCAGCCUCGCCGCGGCCCUGGCCACUCUGCGGCAGUGCAGCCACGAGGCGCUCUUCCAGGUGGAGUAUGACGUGGCCAUUCCAGAUACCGUGGCCAAUGCUUCGGGGCCCCUGAUAGUGGAGAUCACCAAGACGCCGGGGUCCGCCCUGGGAAUCUCGCUCACCGCCGGCUCCCACCGGAACAAGCCAGUCAUCACCAUCGACCGCAUCAAGCCGGCCAGCGUGGUGGACAGGAGUGGAGCGCUGCACGCUGGAGACCACAUCCUGUCCAUCGACGGCACCAGCACGGAGCACUGCUCGUUGCUCGAGGCCACCAAGCUGCUGGCCAGUGUGUCAGAGAAAGUGCAACUGGAGAUCCUGCCUGCGCCCCAAAGUCGGCGGCCCCUGAAGCCCUCAGAGGCAGUGAAGGUGCAGAGAAGUGAGCAACCACAUCGCUGGGCCCCCUGUGUGCCCUCCUGCCACAGCCCCCGGCCCGGCCACUACAGGACGACGCCCACCUGGUCCACACCGGCCGGCCAAGACCAGAGCCGAUCCUUAUCCUCGACUCCAUUUUCCUCGCCGGUCCUGAACCACACCUUGCCCUGCACCAACCCCAGCACCCUUCCCCGUGGAUCCCAGCCCAUGAGCCCCCGGACCACAAUGGGGCGGAGGAGGCAGCGAAGAAGGGAGCACAAGAGUUCAUUGUCUCUGGCCUCCAGCACCGUGGGGCCAGGCGGGCAGAUCGUGCACACAGAGACCACGGAGGUUGUGCUCUGCGGCGACCCCCUCAGCGGCUUCGGCCUCCAGCUCCAGGGCGGCAUCUUCGCCACCGAGACCCUGUCCUCCCCACCCCUGGUGCGCUUCAUCGAGCCUGACAGCCCGGCCGAGAGGUGUGGGCUGCUGCAGGUGGGGGACCGCGUGCUGUCCAUCAACGGCAUCGCCACUGAGGACGGGACAAUGGAGGAGGCCAACCAGCUGCUGCGGGAUGCUGCGCUGGCCCACAAGGUCGUGCUGGAGAUCGAGUUCGACGUGGCGGAGUCUGUCAUCCCGAGUAGCGGCACCUUCCACGUGAAGCUGCCUAAGAGGCGCGGUGUGGAGCUGGGCAUCACCAUCAGCUCGGCCAGCAGGAAGCGAGGGGAGCCGCUGACCAUCUCUGACAUCAAGAAAGGCAGUGUGGCACACAGGACUGGCACCCUCGAGCCAGGGGACAAGCUGCUGGCCAUCGACAAUAUCCGCCUGGACAACUGUGCCAUGGAGGACGCCGUGCAGAUCCUGCGGCAGUGUGAGGACCUGGUGAAGCUGAAGAUCCGGAAGGACGAGGACAACUCUGAUGAGCAGGAAACCACGGGCGCCAUUAGCUACACGGUGGAGCUGAAACGCUAUGGGGGCCCCCUGGGCAUCACCAUCUCAGGCACGGAGGAGCCUUUUGACCCCAUUGUCAUCUCCGGCCUCACCAAGCGUGGUCUGGCUGAGAGGACUGGCGCUAUCCACGUUGGGGACCGUAUCUUGGCCAUCAACAGCGUUAGCCUCAAGGGCCGGCCACUGAGUGAGGCCAUCCACCUCCUGCAGGUGGCUGGUGAGACCGUCACACUGAAGAUCAAGAAGCAGCUAGACCGCCCACUCGCACCUCACAAGUCAGGCAGCUUCAGCGAGCCCAGUGAUGCGGAUGAGGACCCACCAGAGGCACUCAAAGGAGGACAGCUGACGGCCCGGUUCUCGCCCGCUGUGCCGAGCGUGGACAGCGCCUUGGAGUCCUGGGACAGCUCGGCCACAGAGAGUGGCUUUGGGUGCCCAGGUUCCUACACUCCACAGACGACAGCCCGGGCUGUGAACCCCCAGGAGUGGCAGCCCAGCCGGCUGAGAAGCAGCCCCCCACCCACCGAGCCCCGGAGGACGAGCUACACCCCAGCCCCUGCUGACAAGAGCUUCCCCGAGGAGGAGGAAGAGGAGGAUUGGGAGCCACCAACUAGCCCAGCCUCCGGCCCUGCCCACAAGGAGGGCUUCUGGCGCGUGUUUGGGGAAGCCCUCGAAGACCUGGAGUCGUGUGGUCAGUCAGAGCUGCUGAGGGAACUGGAGGCAUCCAUCAUGACGGGCACUGUGCAGAGCGUGGCCCUUGAGGGCAGGCCUGGCCACCGGCCCUGGCGGAGGGGCCGGGAGGUACGCCCUUCCCCGGAGGAGAUGCAGGAGCUGCUGCUGCCAACACCCUUGGAGAUGCACAAGGUGACCCUGUACAAGGACCCCACGAGGAAUGACUUUGGUUUCAGCGUCUCAGACGGCCUCCUGGAGAAGGGUGUCUAUGUCCACACUGUGCGCCCCGAGGGGCCCGCCCAGCGUGGGGGCCUCCAGCCCUUCGACAGGGUCCUCCAGGUCAACCACGUUCGCACGCGGGACUUCGACUGCUGCCUGGCGGUGCCGCUCCUGGCCGAGGCGGGCGACGUGCUGCAGCUGCUGAUCAGCCGCAACCCGCUGCGACUGGCUGCCGUGGGCCUCCGUCUCCUCAUGUGCAACAGGGAUCUGGACGCCUCGCUCACAGAGGGCCCCCGGGUGCAGGGCCAGGGCGACCGGGUGCACAGGCCCGAGUCACAGCGUGGGGGCCGGUUGGCCCAAGGAUGCCUCUCCAUCACUGACUGUGUGGCCCCCUGUGGGGCUAACAUGGCCCAGGCCCAGUGUGAUGAGGCCUCUCCCUGGUUCUGCGGGCAGCAGAACGUCUGA